AUGCUUGCUUAUCGUGACGGCUCUAGCAGCUUUAAGUUCCCCAUUAUAUUACCUUCUGAGCAUCCAGUAGUCAAAUUAUUGAUAUUGAGUGCUCACAAUGAGUUGUUGCAUGCAGGUCGUACUUCUCUUGGUUAUGAAAAGUUACUCACCUUCUUGUGUGAUUGUGAAAGAAUUGUCAACUCAAGACAACUUACGUACGUGUCUGAUGAUAUUGAAGAUCCCUUGCCUUUAACUCCGAAAAAAUUUCUGCUUGAAACUCCACAGUCGUGUGUACCUGAUAUUGACAAUGUAGACAAAGAAAAAUUGAGUAGAAGAGCGAAGUUUCUGCAGAGAAUGAGAGAAUUGUUAAGAGUGAGAUUUCUCUCUGAGUGUCUAGGGCAGUUAAGACAGCAGCCCACCAGAAAUUACAAAAAUAAACCUCUCUCUUUAGGAGAAAUUGUCUUCCUGGAGGAUCAAAAUAAAAACCGUGCAUAUUGGAAUUUAGCACGCGUUAUUCGAGUGAUCCCUGGUCGAGAUGGCAACAUAAGAGUUGCUCUUGUAAAAAGUAAUAAUUCCGAGUUCUUGAGACCUAUACAGAGAUUGUUUAGAUUGGAACUGGAUAAUAGAAUAGCUAAUACUCAAAAUCAGCAACUUCCUUUCACCACUAGUAGUGGUAGAGUUGUAAAAUCACGAAUAAUGUAA